CAGACCUCUUGUUUUUUGACAACAAACCCUAAUUAAUUAGAAUUUCUGGAGAAGAUUGGGAAUUCAAGCGAUGGAAACGCUACCUGAGGUGCCAGAGGCACCACUGCGUCCGUUUAAACUGGCGCAUCAGGUUGUGAGUCUCACGGGCAUAAGUUUCGAGCGGAGGAGCAUAAUCGGCGUGGUCGAACUGACCAUAGUGCCGAACAGCGAGAACCUGCGCCUCAUCCGCCUGAAUGCCAAGCAACUGCGGAUCUACAGCGUUGUUUUGAACGAUGUCUGCCAGGCGGAGUUCGUUUACUUCGAUCCCUUCCAGGACAUCUCACACAAAGAUCCCAAAAGCCGCGUGCUGGAGGCCUACUCCCAGAACCAUCUGGCUGCCGCCCAGAUCACAGAUCCAGAUGUGAACAAUGGUGAACUGCUGAUCCAAGUUCCACCUGAAGGCUUUUCCAUGAUCCAGGAGGGUCAGGGCCUACGUAUCCGCAUCGAGUUCUCGCUGGAGAAUCCCAAAAGCGGUGUUCACUUUGUCAUACCACCUGAAUCCAUGGAUGAGGAGACCCAGAUAAACUGCUCCCAUAUGUUUACCAACUGCUAUGAAAAUUCCACUCGGUUGUGGUUUCCCUGCGUUGACAGCUUCGCGGAUUCUUGCACCUGGCGCCUGGAGUUCACCGUGGACAAGAAUCUAACGGCAGUAUCAUGCGGAGAACUGGUUGAGGUCAUUAUGACUCCAGAUUUGCGGAAGAAAACGUUUCAUUACACUGUAACAACUCCCGUAUGUGCACCCAAUAUUGCACUGGCUGUAGGUCAGUUUGAAAUCUAUGUGGAUCCACACAUGCACGAGGUGACCCACUUCUGUCUGCCUGGAAUGCUGCCCCUGCUGAAGAAUACUGUUCGCUAUCUGCACGAAGCAUUCGAAUUCUUCGAGGAGACCUUAUCCACACGCUAUCCGUUUUCCUGCUACAAACAGGUGUUUGUAGACGAGUUGGACACGGACAUUAGUGCCUAUGCGACCAUGAGCAUCGCUUCAGUGAACCUGCUGCACUCCAUUGCAAUCAUCGACCAAACGUAUAUAUCGCGAACGUUUAUGUCACGAGCUGUGGCCGAACAGUUCUUCGGUUGCUUCAUCACAUCACAUCAUUGGUCGGAUACCUGGCUGGCUAAGGGAAUUGCGGAGUACCUGUGUGGAUUGUACUCGAGGAAGUGCUUCGGCAACAACGAGUACCGCGCUUGGGUGCAAGCAGAACUGGCGCGUGUGGUGAAAUACGAGGAGCAGUACGGCGGUAUUAUUCUCGAUUGCAGCCAGCCUCCAGCUCCAUUACCAGUUUCGAGUACAAAUCCAUCGGUGGCUGCUAGCAAUCAGCCGGAGAUUGUUCACUAUUUCCCCAUUAAGAGUCUGCACACCGUGUCGCCAAAAUAUGUGGAAGCGAUGCGGAGGAAGGCGCACUUGGUUAUCCGGAUGCUGGAGCACCGCAUCGGCCAGGAGCUGCUCAUUCAGGUGUUCAACAAGCAACUGGCCUUGGCCACCAAUGCGGCAUCGACGAAGAUUGGCGCCGGAUUGUGGUCUCAACUCCUCAUCUCAACCAACAUCUUCAUCAAGGCGAUCUUCACGGUGACGGGCAAGGAUAUGUCUGUUUUCAUGGAUCAGUGGGUGCGCACUGGAGGCCACGCCAAGUUUUCGCUCACAUCUGUGUUCAAUCGCAAGAGGAACACCAUUGAGCUGGAGAUCCGUCAGGACUUUGUUAAUCAGCGUGGAGUGAGGAAGUACAAUGGUCCUUUACUUGUUCAACUGCAAGAGUUGGAUGGUACCUUCAAGCACACGCUUCAGAUAGAGAAUACUCUGGUAAAAGCGGAUAUCACCUGCCAUUCGAAGAGCAGGCGUAACAAAAAGAAGAAGAUCCCUUUGUGCACCGGUGAGGAGGUGGAGAUGGAUUUGUCAGCCAUGGACGACUCACCUGUGCUUUGGAUACGACUCGAUCCAGAGAUGAUUUUGCUGCGUGAUUUGAUCAUUGAGCAGCCGGACUUCCAGUGGCAGUAUCAGCUGCGGCACGAGCGCGAUGUUACUGCCCAGUUUCAGGCCAUUCAGGCACUGCAAAAGUACCCAACAAAUGCCACCAGACUUGCCUUAACCGACACUAUUGAAAGCGAGCGUUGUUUCUAUCAAGUGCGCUGCGAGGCGGCCCACAGUCUAACCAAAGUGGCCAACCAGAUGGUGGCCUCCUGGAGCGGCCCACCCGCUAUGCUGAACAUAUUCAGGAAGUUUUUUGGCUCUUUUAGUGCUCCGCACAUCAUCAAGCUGAACAACUUUUCCAACUUUCAGCUGUACUUUCUGCAAAAGGCUAUUCCCGUGGCUAUGGCUGGUCUGCGCACAUCCCAUGGUAUUUGCCCGCCGGAAGUGAUGCGUUUCCUUUUUGAUCUCUUCAAGUAUAAUGAGAACUCGCGAAAUCAUUACACGGAUGCCUACUACAGAGCCGCUUUAGUGGAAGCUCUGGGCGAAACACUAACGCCUGUUGUUUCCGUGGCUAUUCACGGCACUCAGAUCACCACGGAUAGUCUUUCUACAGAUGCAAAGUUGGUUCUGGAUGAAGUGACUCGCCUGCUGAACAUGGAGAAGCACCUGCCCUCGUACAAGUACAUGGUGUCAGUUUCCUGCCUGAAGGUCAUCCGAAAGCUGCAGAAGUUCGGUCACCUGCCGUCACUGCCUCACAUUUACCGCAGCUAUGCGGAGUAUGGAAUCUAUUUGGAUCUUCGCAUUGCUGCCAUGGAGUGUCUGGUAGACUUCGUCAAAGUGGAUGGUCGUAGCGAGGACUUGGAUCAUUUAAUUAAUUUGCUGGAGACUGAUCCAGAUCCUGCUGCACGCCAUGCGUUGGCUCAACUGCUGAUCAACAAUCCGCCGUUCACCCGCGAAUCUCGCAGUCGCCUGGAUAAACCCAAUCUGGUGGAUCGCCUGUGGUACAGCAUAAAUACGUUGGCCUACGACACCAAGCUGCGUUGCGAUACCGUGGAUCUGUACUACGCUCUUUACGGAAGCAAGCGACCGAAUUGCUUGCAGGCCGGUGAGAACCAGAGCUUCUACAAGGACUUGAUGAAGGAUACUGGCGGCAAUGCAGGCAGCGUGACCGGCAGUUUCAAGAAGACAAGCUCCGACAUAAAACCAGCUCCCACUCCGCUAAUGGAGUUGGACAACGAGCCGCAGGAGCGCCAUAAGCCCGCCUUGGUUACCAUUAAGAGGACGGCCACAGAAGCCUUCGAAGUGGGCGACGAGAUCAUCAAGCUGGAGCGAAGCGAGGAGAUUACAGUGCUCGAUGAACCCGUCAACGUUCAAGCCUUCGACAGUGAGACCAAAGUGAAUAUCCUGCCAGUGGAUGACGACGCACCCGAUUCGCAUCAGGCAACCAAGCGGCUAAAGACCGAGAUAUUCGCCGAGGAUGACAACUCAUCGGUGAUGCUCGAAACCGGUGACUUCACCAGAUACGAGAGCAGCUACGAGGACGGCAAGUUGAAGACUGGCGAUGCUCUGCUGAAGAAGAAAAAGAAGAAGGACAAGAAGAAGCACAAGCACAAACACAAGCACAAGCACAACAAGGAGAAGGACAAGGAUCGCGAGCGCAAGGAUAAGGACAAGCGCGAUCCGCAGAUAUCGCGCCUCCAGGCCCGCGAAACCAACACCCCGGACACUCUCAGCUCGGCGGACAGCAGCAACAGCAAUAGUCUUCCUCCCCUGAACCUUAACUAAGUGAGGGUUCUCUUCUGGGUCGGGAUAUAUCGGGAUAUAUAUUGCAUGAGUUGUAAGCAGAGGGUUAGGUAUAUAAAUAAACAUUAGAUUUAAACAAAAGCAGGUUUUGUUUAUCU